CAGUCACACACGAACACUCCCUUUUUCUCCCCGUCUUUCCUUCCAAAAAUCCGAUCAUCUUCUCAUCUCCCUCGACCACAUCGUCAUCUUCUCUCUCUCUUUCUCUCAUUCUCCCCUCUACUUCUCCGCCUCUCUCUCUCUCUCUCCUCCAUUUCUCUCGACAAUGCAAGCUCUUCUCUCCCCCACACUCCGCCCUUCAUCUCUCUCUCCACUCCACACAAAACCCAAUUCUCUCUCCUCCAAUUCCCCAAAAUGCAAACCCCCAAACAAAGCCUUCUUCUUCACUCCUCGCGCUUCCUCUCAAGUUGCCGUUGCCCCUAAAAGAGAAACUGACCCCAAAAAGAGAGUGGUUAUUACUGGAAUGGGUCUUGUUUCUGUUUUCGGAAAUGACCCAGAUGUUUUCUACGAGAAGCUUCUAGAUGGAGUUAGUGGGAUUGGACCCAUUGAUCGUUUUGAUGCAUCCAAAUUCCCAACUCGCUUUGCGGGGCAGAUCCAUAAUUUUAGUUCUGAAGGUUACAUUGAUGGCAAGAAUGACAGGCGUCUUGAUGAUUGUCUUCGUUAUUGCAUUGUUGCUGGUAAAAAAGCUCUUGAAUCUGCUGAUCUUGCUGCUGAUAAACUCUCCAAGAUCGACAAAGUACGAGCAGGUGUGCUUGUAGGAACUGGGAUGGGUGGCCUCACAGUUUUCUCUGAUGGUGUUCAGGCUUUGAUAGAGAAAGGUCACAGGAGAAUAACUCCAUUUUUCAUUCCUUAUGCCAUAACUAACAUGGCUUCUGCAUUGCUUGCCAUUGACCUCGGUUUGAUGGGACCUAACUAUUCCAUCUCAACUGCCUGUGCCACCUCAAAUUAUUGCUUUUAUGCUGCUGCCAACCAUAUCCGUCGGGGUGAAGCUGACUUGAUGGUUGCGGGUGGAACUGAAGCUGCAAUUCUUCCUAUUGGCUUGGGAGGUUUUGUGGCUUGUAGGGCUUUGUCACAGAGAAAUGAUGAUCCCCAGACAGCUUCAAGGCCAUGGGACAAAGCCAGGGAUGGCUUUGUGAUGGGUGAAGGAUCUGGUGUACUGGUAAUGGAGAGCUUGGAACAUGCAAUGAAAAGAGGUGCACCAAUAAUUGCUGAGUACUUGGGAGGUGCAGUCAAUUGUGAUGCGUAUCACAUGACUGAUCCAAGAGCUGAUGGACUUGGUGUUUCUUCAUGCAUUGAAAGGAGUCUGGAAGAUGCUGGUGUGUCUCCUGAAGAGGUCAACUAUAUAAAUGCUCAUGCUACCUCCACUAUUGUUGGUGACUUGGCUGAGGUGAAUGCCAUAAAGAAAGUUUUUAAAAACACGUCUGAAAUCAAGAUAAAUGCAACUAAGUCGAUGAUAGGGCAUUGUCUUGGUGCUGCUGGGGGUAUGGAAGCUAUUGCCUCAGUUAAAGCUUGUACAACAGGGUGGCUGCAUCCAACCAUAAAUCAAUUUGAUCCGGAGCCAUCAGUUGAGUUUAAUACAGUUCCAAAUAAAAAGCAACAACACGAAGUGAAUGUUGCUAUUUCAAAUUCUUUCGGGUUUGGUGGUCACAAUUCAGUUGUGGUUUUCUCUGCCUUCAAGCCUUGAUUAUCGGCUUAAUGAGGUUUCAUGGACAGCAAGGAGUUUCUUACAAUGUAUGCUUUGUAACUUUUGAAUAAUUGUAUUCUUCCCAUUCUUCUUUACCCAUUAAAUGAGUCAAAAGGAAGCAGGGGUUGCAGACGCAAUCGCAAUUUCCCAAAAAAUAACAGUCAGUUGAAAUCGUAGCAUAGAAAACUAGUAACUCUUUCACUUUUGGUCUUAUUUCUUUCAACUUUUAAGCUAGUGUAGUGAUCAGCGGCUUUAUUCGGUUAUAUGUUGUGCAGAGGAUUUUGUGGCUAGCAGAAGAGUGUGGUAAUGUCAUCAUAUGUCCUCUAGUCUGUACUGGACGAAUUGGUUGUAUGAUUACGAGUCAUUUGUUCAUCGGUAGAUUAGAUGAUUAUAUUUGAAAUUUGAAUGUCUAGUUUUGAUAGAAAGGCUAGUUUACUCUU